AGAGCGGAAGAGUUGCACAGUUGGCUCUGUCGUAGAGAUAGAUUCCCUUGCCAUGGACGGCAUUGCCAGUGAUGUUGCGGUUGGUGUAAAGAGAGGCUCAGAUGAGCUGCUGUCUGGCAGUUUGUAUAAUAGUCCCAACUCAGGGAUGAGCAAUGGCACAUCUAAUGGAAGUGACAGCAAAAAGUUAAGAGUGGAGGACAGAAUGGAUGCUCCACCUUCCCGCGUCCUCCACAUCAGAAAGCUUCCCAACGAGGUCACAGAAACAGAGAUUAUCGCCCUGGGCCUGCCUUUCGGAAAGGUCACAAAUAUCCUCACGCUGAAAGGAAAAAACCAGGCUUUCUUGGAGCUGGGGACAGAGGAAGCGGCCAUGACGAUGGUAAACUACUACACAGCUGUCACGCCUCACGUUCGCAACGUGCCCAUCUACAUCCAGUACUCCAAUCACAAGGAGCUCAAAACAGACAAUGCAGGAAACCAGCGGGCGCAGGCUGUUCUCCAGGCCGUGUCAGCUGUGCAGUCCGGUGGGACUCCUACAUCAGGCUCCACAGCCAGUGAGAGUGCACUUACACCAGCCCCCAGCCCAGUGCUCCGGAUAAUCAUCGACAACAUGUUCUACCCCGUCACUCUGGACGUGCUGCAGCAAAUCUUUUCCAAAUUUGGCACAGUCAUGAAGAUCAUCACAUUCACAAAAAACAAUCAGUUUCAGGCCUUACUGCAGUAUAAUGACCCGGUGAAUGCGCAACAAGCCAAAGUGGCCCUGGAUGGUCAGAACAUAUACAACGCCUGCUGUACUCUACGCAUAGACUACUCAAAGCUUGUCAACCUGAAUGUGAAGUAUAACAACGAUAAGAGUCGGGACUACACCAGACCAGAGCUCCCUGCCGGGGACGGUCAGCCUGCUGUGGACCCCUCUGUAGCCGCUGCCUUCAGCAAGGACUCCAACUCCCUGCUCGGUAAGAUCCCAGAUGGGGUGUUGAAAAAGCGAGUGCUGUGUUUCGGGGGAGAGGAAGAUGAUUGUGUCAUGCCCGUUGCAGGAGCGCUGAGUCCUCUGAGUGCGGCGGCUGCAGCAGCCGCGGCCGCGGGGAGGGUGGCCUUGUCCGGACACUCGGGUGCCAGUGGUGUCCUAUUGGCCAGCAAUCUGAACGAAGAGAUGGUUACGCCCCAAAGUCUGUUUACCCUCUUCGGGGUGUAUGGUGAUGUUCAGAGGGUGAAGAUUCUCUAUAAUAAAAAAGACAGUGCAUUGAUCCAGAUGGCAGAUGCCAAUCAGGCUCAGCUGGCGAUGAGUCAUCUAAAUGGUCAGAAGAUGUACGGGAAGAUUAUCCGGGUGACCAUGUCCAAACACCAGACGGUUCAGCUACCCAGGGAAGGCCUGGACGACCAAGGGCUCACCAAGGAUUUCACCAACUCUCCACUGCAUCGUUUCAAGAAACCCGGCUCCAAGAACUUCCAGAACAUUUUCCCUCCAUCAGCCACUCUUCAUCUGUCAAACAUCCCACCCGACAUAACUGAAGAAGACCUCCGAGUACUCUUCUCCAACUCCGGUGGCACUGUGAAAGCCUUCAAAUUUUUCCAGGAUCACAAGAUGGCUCUUCUUCAGAUGACUACGGUGGAGGAGGCCAUUCAAGCCCUGAUUGACCUCCACAAUUACAACAUGGGUGACAACCACCACCUGAGAGUCUCUUUCUCCAAAUCAACUAUCUGAAAAGAAACUAGGGAAAACCAGCUGCGUCUUUAAGCUUUUUUUUUUUUCUUCUUCUUCUUUUCUUCUUCCUAGCGUUACUUGUUGACUUUCUGGACUCUGGGGACCACAGUUCUUUUUUUUUUCCCUUUUAAUUUUUAUCAGUCAUUCCUUGAGAAAAAUUUUUGAAAAGAAAAAAAAAAAAAAAGAAUUUAAAAAACACAAUCCCUUUGUGAAAAAUGGGAGGAAAUGAAUGUGCAUUGAAGACAUUUUACUCCAUUUUUUUUCCGCCCUGUGCGCUGUUUGUAGACGAGCGUGAUAGACAGGCAGUACAUACCCCCUCCCCCUUUUUCUUCACUAAAAGGAAGGAAUGGAUGACAGUUAGUACCUCCUUUUUACUCUAAUUUCUUGAUAAAAAUAUGUGCCUUACUCGACAGAAUAGCGUAAAACUCUUUUACAUCCAUACAUUUUUCACAGAUCCUUGCAGUCUGCUACUGGGGUAAAAACUAGGUUGUGGUGCGGGACAUUUUGUACUAAAAUGUUGUUCUCUUCUCCGUGUGAUUGUACAGUUUGUCAAGUUUUGUCUCCUGUACACCUGACCUCUUGGUUCCUAUGCUUUUUUCCUCCCCCGUUUCUUAAAACUUUUUUUGUUGUUGUUGUAGAGGUCUGAGGUACAUAGUGAAAUCAACAGUGAACUGUAUAUAACUUGAGAAGAAAAAUCUCUGAUGAGCCUCUUCUAAAGCUUUAAUCCUCGUUUGAAUCCAUACCCUGAUGAAAUUGUCAUUUUAGCUUUCAGGAAGACUAAGUUUAGAUUAGAUGCUGCUUGAGUUUGGCUUCACAGGUGUUCACCUUUCACUCUCCUUAUAUUUGUAUUGCAGUUUCAUUUUUGUUUUUUUUUUUUUGUUUUUUUUUGCUCUUUUAUUUUGUUAUUGUUGACGCUGAACCCAAGGACUUAGGAUGGAUGUGGUUCUCUUUGCAUGUACUGACAAAAUGAGGUAGUUUGGGGAUUUCUGAGUAAAAAAGCAAAAAGAAACAGCUCAUGCGUGUGUUAGAGGAAGUGAACAAACGUAAGCCUACACUCACAUCACAACAAUUGACUGAAGAGGGACAACCUGGAGGGACCAAAGUGAAUGUGCCUUGAGUCUUAAUUUAAAUGACAUUUUGGGGGGAAAAUUCCAUCAGUGUCCUCAUUUUUUUUUUUAUUUCCAAAAAAAACAAAAGGCGCGACCCCCCCCCCCCCCCCCCCAAGUCAGAUUGUGAAAUUUAUUUUACGGUUAAUUUCGGACAGCUCAUCUUGUUUUGUGUUCUUUCACCUUUCACUACCCAGACCAAUGCAAAUUAGGUUCUUUGCCUGUUAAAGAAAAUGGGUCAUGUAUAUUUUCAUAUUAGUGGAAUUUUUACAUCUUUAGAAUUGUAAGAUUCGGUAUUGUUUGGACGCGGCACAAUUAAAAGAUAAUUUUCUAACAAAG